AUGAGAAUAACCAUCAGUAAUCAAAUUACAGAUGAUUUUCUACCGCUGGAUAUCAGUGCAGAUAUGGAUCUCAAUGAUCUGGUAGCUUUAUUGGAGCUGGAUUGCGGGUUUGAUCGUGGUAAACAUGACCUUUGGUUUGCCAACCAAAUCCUGGCAGUCGGCGAUACAAGAACAUUGGAGCAGCUGGGGUUGGUGAAUGACGAGCUAUUGGCUAUCAGAUUCAAAACAGGUGCUAUGCAAUCUGACAUUUCUCGAACUGGAAACGUUUCGGACGAUACGAUAGUGGAACAAUUUAGACAGCAGGUCGCACAAAAUUCAGCGGUACGUUCGCAAUUGACCACGAGCAAUCCUGAAUUUGCGAAUAUAAUUGACGACCCUGCAGCCUUUCGCGAAAGAGCGGGCCCUUAUUUACUGCAAAGUAUGAACCCACAGGGGACGCACCAAAACCCUUUUGGGAUCCCCCAACGUGAGUAUGAGCAGUUGAUGCAAAACCCAGACGAUCCUGCAAAUCAGGAGCGGAUUAACACACUUAUAAGCCAGCAGGAGAUCGACGAGCAGAUGCGAAAUGCCUUAGAAUUCACGCCGGAAGUCUUUACCCCAGUUCAUAUGCUAUACAUCAAUCUAGAAAUCAACGGUACUCCGGUAAAGGCGUUCGUGGAUUCUGGGGCCCAAACUACCAUCAUAUCUACAAAAUUGGCACAAGAAACAGGGCUGUUUAGAUUGAUUGACAAACGUUUCCAGGGCGAGGCUCACGGAGUCGGAGUUCAAAAAAUUUUGGGAAAGAUUCACGUCGCACAGGUGAAAAUCGAAACUCAACAUAUUCCCUGCAGCUUUACUGUGAUAGACACACAUGUCAAUAUGCUUCUUGGUUUGGACAUGCUCAAAAGGCAUCAGGCUUGUAUCGAUCUCAAAGACAACGUGCUACGCAUUGCCGGCGUUGAAACGCGCUUUCUUAGCGAAGCGGAACUUCCCAAGGACUUCGAUGCCAAAACGCUGGAGGCGACUGCUGCCAGUGGAACCAAUUUUCAGGCGCCAUCACAGCCUCCGGUUGUUACUCAAACACCCCUCCCUGCCGGGCCCCAUCGCACCGCGACUCGUGAGUAUCCAGUGGCGGUAGUUAACCAACUGAUGGAUCUUGGUUUCUCAAAGCGCGACGUGGAAGCGGCCCUAGAACAAGCAAAUGGGAAUGCCGAUGUUGCCGCGGCCAUUCUAUUCCAGUAG